AUGACGGAACAAGUUCAUCCUGCCGAAUUUCUGUCUUUCAAACGGAAUGUUCGACAAUAUGCAGCCUAUCUGUUAUCCUCACCUGUCAAGAUCAGCGACGCACCCUCGAUGAAAGAACAGGCUCGACCGAUUGUGACACGUGAAGAGAUUCAAAAAGCGCGAGAUCUUUGUCCUCAUCGCAUCAGCGGCUGUAAAAUCCUCGAGAUCAGCGAAUCGAUCGUCUUGAAAAUGGGCCCCGUGGUUUUCAAUGGGAGAAGCCGAGGCCAUGUGCCUGUACCGGAGGUGAUCAAUGCGUAUAUGAUCGAAGAUGUGGGAUUCAUCGUGAUGCAGAAAAUCUCAGGAAUUCUUCUUGCAAAAUGCUGGAAUGACCUCCCCGACGAUUCACAGCAGGCGAUCAUGAAGCAACUUUCGUGCCUAUAUGGCCCCUGUGAUGACAUCGUCUUCAAGCAUCCAUGGGGAAAGCAGAGUGCCCAGUACGGGUCCUCUCACACGCGAAAGGAAUACAAUCAGGGCGUUGUUGCUGCUCUCCGGAAUCCGAGACCUCAUGGCCAACUUGUUGGUGAGACUGAUUAUUGCCUAGCAGAAGAAAUCCUGGCAUCUGGAGAUAAUGGUAACGACGAGAGAAAGGUCUUCACUCAUGGUGACUUGCAUCCUACGAACAUCAUCGUGGAGGAUGGCCAAAUAGCCGACAUUAUUGACUGGGGGGGCCUCGGGGUAUAG